AUGGAUCAAGCUGGGCCAUUUAACCGAGUGAAAUCGGUAUCUCCGCCCUUAAAAGGAUCCUUUCCUCUCGAUCAUGACAGGAAAUGCAAACUAGAGAUGCUAAAGUAUAUGUGUUGUUUACACGAGAAAAAGCAACAUAAUUCCGAGUGCAGGGAUCUCGCUCGUGAGUAUUUUAAAUGUCGCAUGGAUAAUGGAUUAAUGGAUAAAGAUGAAUGGGAAACUCUUGGAUAUCGUGAUAUCACAAAGGCG